AUGUUCUCAUUAGUCCUUCCAGGCCGUCUACCGCUAUCAACACCGCAACAAGUCGACGAAACGCACUGCAUCUUCCCACUCGAAGAUGCCUCAUCAAUCCAACACGUAGUUGUAUUCAUGACCGGAGUUCAACCUUUUCCUCCUGGCUACUCUGCUACCGUCCAUCUCCUCUGGCCUUCCACCAUACCCUCUGAUCCCUCUGUCUCAGCUUCUCCCUCCGGCGACUGGAAACUUUUGGGUUGUCUGCGGAACACAAAACCAAGCGCAAUAUUCAAAGUUCGCUCACCAACCACCCCGACACCAGCAGGAGGUGCAGGACUGACUGCGACAUUGGGGAUAAGCAUCGAACCGGACCAGUUGGUGGAUGAGCAGAUGGCGAAGCUGCAGACUCCCUUGAGCACGAGCACAGGGGGUGUAGCAGCGAUGUCAGAAACAACAGCAGUAGACUUUGCAAGAAAGAUCGCAAAGAACUUAUUCUCCUACCUCUCAUCAUACGCACCUGACUCGGAGAGACAAACAAUGCCACUCCUUCAGAAAUGGUUGCAGAAUCUCGAGCGGAAACUUCUCUCUCAAGGACCAAGUUUUCUCGAUAAACCAACAGACUAA